ACGCACGAGCCUGAACGUCCGCAGGAGGAAAAACGGCUAAGAAGAAGGAGAGGAGAACCGAGGAGGAUUUCAGAGAAAACACGUUCGUUUCUGUUUUUAUCCGCGCGGGUCGCUUCUUCCCGGUGCGUCCCUCCUUCCUCCCUCCUCCUCCUCAUCCUCCACCUCCUCUUCCUCCUUCUCUCUCGCCUAUAUCGAUCUAUCAGGUGAUCGGCGAUCAUAUUUUCUCCGGCUCGACGCUUGUUGACUACAGCUGACUCAGGAAGGAAGGAGGGAUAUAAAGGACAGAAGAGAAGCAAGGCAAGGAAGUAAAGUAGGCAAGUGGAUUUGUGACGGGGGCCAGAAGACCACCAAGCCGCACCGCACCCGGAGAUGGAGGGCAAAGAGAAGGCACCGGCAGAGCCGCAGCUGAAGGGCAUUGUGACACGUCUCUUCAGUGAGCAGGGUUUCUAUCUGCAGAUGCAGCCUGAUGGAACUAUCAGUGGAAACAAGGACGAGAACAGCGACUACACUCUGUUUAACCUGAUCCCAGUGGGUUUGAGGGUUGUGGCCAUCCAGGGAGUGAAAGCUGGACUCUACGUGGCCAUGAACGCAGAGGGAUUCCUCUACACAUCAGAUGUGUUCACAGCAGAGUGUAAGUUUAAGGAGUCUGUGUUUGAGAACUACUACGUCAUCUACUCGUCCACGCUGUACCGGCAGCAUGAGUCUGGCCGGGCCUGGUUCCUGGGCCUCAACAAGGACGGAGUCAUCAUGAAGGGAAACCGAGUGAAGAAAACUAAACCCUGCUCACACUUCGUCCCCAGACCCAUCGAAGUGUGCAUGUAUAAGGAGCCGUCGCUGCACGAGCUCGAGGAGAAGCUGCAGAAAUCCUCGCGGAGCCCGACGAUGAACAGCGAGGAGCGGGGAGGGAGCCUGGAGGGGCAGCAGCAGCAGCAGGAGGACUCCACAGUGCAGGACGGGUCAUAGCCUGCAGCGCCCCCCACAGGAGGAGGAGGAGGAGGAGGAGGAGGCGAACUCCCAUUUUAACACUCCCUCUGUUCAGCAACAACAGCAACUACAACCACACCAACUACAACAACCGCCACGAUGACGACGGCGACAACAACGAAAAAAAGAAGCUUAAAAAAAAAAAAAAAAAAAAAAAAAAAAAAAACGGGAAAAAAUCUUCUUGCUUGUGAUGAAAUAUUUUAAAUCAAAAGGGGGAGGGGCUUGUUUGAAAACGAGAAAAAUCAGGACGUUGAUGAUGAUGAUUUACAUUUUAUGCAAAAAGCCCUGCUGAAACGGUGCCAGGAGGCUAGCACACCUACUCUUCAUUGCCACAUUGUAAUCAUCAUCAUCACCACCAUCAUCAUUUCUGUCACUAUGAUGAUAAAAUGUUUUCCGAGUCGAGCGAGCGCUGAGAACUCCAAAGCUUUAAGCCAUGUAGAAACUUCACUUCCUUUCAUUUCUUACUUAAUGAAUGCAAAAACUUUCGCACUUUCGACACGUUGCGCUUCUUCUUCCUCUUCUUUUCCGUGUUCUGUCCAAUCAGAAAGAUGAGAUUUUUCUGUUGUGUGUUCUUCAGCUGCCACAUCCUGUUUUUUUUUUUGUCUUUUUGUUCUGUUUUCUUGGGUCAGGGAGUUGCGAGUUUUGUUGCAGACACUGCCUAUAACAAGGGUCAGAGGGGAAUGAGCACUGAAAGACUUCCUGCUCUGUUUCCUGUGGAGGUAGGUCAUGUGAUCUGGUUCAUGAUAGCAGAUCCAGAUGCAGAUUUCUGACAGUAUGUGGAGAGCACUGGUGUUUUACUAGAGAUCACAUGACCUUCAUGGUCCUGCAGAUCAUUUUACCAGACCUCCCAUCAGUUUUCACAAAUAAUUUCAUUCCCUCCAAGCAGCAGCUGUUUUCACUUCCUGUCUAUGAAUGUCUAUGAAAUCAGCUGCAGAGAGAUGAUCCAGGUCUGGUUUUAAAGUAAGUGGCUGGAAACAGGGAAGUCAGGGGAACAGAAAUACCACACAUCAACACACAACCACAAGAAACCCAACAGAGAGGCUGCAGUCGAAAAGUCAAAAUAAUCUUCAUAACCACUUCUCCUCGAGCUCGAUGGAAAACGACUUGAUGUCAAAGAUAUGAAGGAGAAUUCAUAAGGACUUAGGAAACAAACCUGACUGCACUUACACUAAGCUUUUGUUUUUAACUAACUGGGACGAUAAAUCCUCCUUUCCUAAUCACAAGAACAAAACAAACAGGAUUGAAAUGUUGAAAUAAGAUAACAUGGAAGAAAGUUGAGCCAUUGAAAUAAAAAUCAAAUAGAAAUAAGGAACUGAGCGACAGAUCAGAAUAAAUUAUUUUCGUAUAAUGUAGAGUUUCCUCUCAGGCGCUUUUUCAUUUUUGACUGCUCACUGGAUUUAAAGAGAAGAAAUCUAUAUUUAUGGAUUUGGGCUUCAGUGGAUCAGAUAAGUAUUUCCAUCAGUUCUGGAUCUUGUCACAAACAUAAAACAGCAGCUCUGUUGUUUCUUUACUCUUUUAUUCACAUUUAUGUGGGUGUGUUGAGGUGAAACGACAAUGGUGCAUCGCUUUAAGUGUUGCUGCAGCAAGGAAUUGUGGGACAGCAUUUCUCCUUUCCUUUCAUAAAGGAAGGUCCAGUGUUUCCUAUGCUAAAGGAGAAAAGAUAGGAAGCACUGAAGCUCCUUUCCUCAUCAUUUACAUAAUUGGAACAGCUGGGAUCACGGCCGAUCAUGGCUGCUGCUCAGAUACUUCAGCAAAAAGGACUUUUCAACUGCAGCCUCAGAGCAGCCUGUAGCCUGAGAGGCAAAACGCAGGGCAUUUCAGCAAAGUAUUUGGUGCUGCUCUUAAAGCUGUGCUCAUCUGUGAUCAGAUGGAACAACAGAGCCACUCUCAUCUGGACGAUGCAGUAACAGGCUCUGACUGAGUCAUGUGGUGGUGUCUCACUUCAUGACGCCUGUAGUUCACAGCACAGGCAUCGAGACAGCACCAGUGUUCAAACUCACAUUCAGGGGAAUGGGUGCACACGCUGCCAGAACCAAAUACUUUGCCCUUAAACAGACACUGUUCAGAGAGAUGUUCAUGUGACUCCAUCACAUUCAAUUUAUUUUUGUUUUCUUCAUGCGGUGACAGAAGCUGGGAGCAGACACCAGUUUAAACACCCAACAGAUAAACAGUCCAGCAAACAACUGACAUCUGGUGUCUAAGGCUAUGUGAAUGCAGCAGUUUGUAGAACCAUGACUGUUCUUACAACACAGCACAUGACCACAGUGACAUGUGAAGGUUUUGUCAUCUCUCUGCAGUAGGAUUUUCACAGACAGGAAGUGAAACCAAGUGGAGGGGAAGGAACUGGAUCUGAGAACUGAUGAUUUGGAAAACGAUUAGCAGGACAGUGAAGUACACAGAACUGAAACCUCUGUAUGAUCUUUAAAUAACCAACAGAGUAACAAGCUUGCUCCUGUUUCUGUCUUUGUGCUGCAUUCAGGGUCUGAUCAGAUGAAAACUUUUAGUGUUGAGUAGUUGCAGGCAGAAAUAUUGCAUGAUGUAUUUUCCCAAAGCCUGGCAACGCCCCCACAUGCGUUUGGGGGAUUUAAAUGAUUUAUAGAAACACUAACAGCUGUGUUGUGUAACUCUGAUCCGGCCUGAACAGGACUGAGUCGACUCAGUUACCUGCCCUGUCAGGGCACGCUGUGAUGCGAUGUGAUGUGAUACAACUGAGGAUGUUCUUGUGUUGACCAAUGACACAGUAUGUAUGAAUGUAUGAAUCACGCACUUCUGAUCACGGUUGUGUGUUUUGUUUUCAGCCCAGCAGACUGGACCUGUUGUCAUGAUGCAGUCGGUCUCACUGAGAUCCGAUUGAUGCAUUUAGAAAGAAGGGGUGACAUGUUAAAAUAAUAAGGAAACGCCCUCUAAAGCUCAUGUGAAAGAGGCCGGGCUUAUGAUAUUUAUGAUCACCUGAUGAUGUUAUCAGCGGGCUCGCUCCUGCUCCUGCUGAUUGAUUCUUCUAAGGCACCUGGACUCACACAAAAGUAUGUUUCUUUAAAUCUUCACAUGAAUCAAAAGCAGGAUUUUUUCCUACUUUGCCAUGAAUGAAAAAAUGCAGUUUGAGUUUGAAAGUGAUUUUUGAUUAUCGUUACUGAUUAUUGACUCUUUUGAAUAAGAAUAUAAAGGCUGUUUUCUGUUACUGUGUUGUUGAAGUUUGAGGCUGACAGACAGGUGAGCCAGGUGAGUGUUAUACAGAUAGUGGGGUCCAGAGGUCUCAGACUUGUGGACCCCACUGUACAUGUUAAUCAUAAUCAAUUCAAAAGGCUGUGAACCUCCUAAUCAUGGUGUGUUCAAUAAACCUGGUAAUUCUUGGCCUCUAAGUUGCAGCAGGAGGGAGUGGUGAUGCCACAUGUUUGAUGUCUGUGUGCUUCAGGACUCGUGACUUUAAUUCACAUGUAGAAGAAGAACUGUUAAAGCAGAUUGAAUGGAGCUGCUUACUGACACAUUUCAGGGAGAUUUCAUUUGAAUAAAGUGUGUAAAAUGUCUAGUUCAGUCAGGUCUGACAUCACUGUCCUCUCCAGGUCACAGCUCCUGGUCUUCAUGGUAAUGUUUACCACAGUGAUGUGUUCAGGUGUCGGCCGAUGGGAGGAUGUGGUAACAAGUUUAACACUGCCCUGCUUCGUUAAGACGAAAAGCACUGCCCUGAAAACUGAAAGCUGUAUCACUCUUAGCUCAUCUGAACAUCAUGAACUCCACAUCUGAAAAAAAAACCGACUUCCUGCUGUUGGGUGAAGAACCUUCCAAAACAAAUGUGAUGCCUGUUAAAUAACUUAAAGGAAUUUUGUUGUUGUUCUGUAGACACUAUUCCUCCAAAAAUUUGCUACAGAUUUUCUUCCCUUGUAGGAAAUAAUGAAACGGUUCUGCAGGCCUUUGAUUGGAAAAUCAAACCUCAAACCAACGUGACAUUUUGUUGGCUUGUCACCCGGCAGCAGCUGGGUCAGGAGAGAUUGUCGUAUCAUGUUAUUUUCCUUAAAUACACAAAAGGCUUCUCUGCUCAUCAUUUUACUUCCUGCCUCGCAGCCACUGGUUUCAGUUCAUUCGUAAAUGUACUAAUACAUGAAAAAACAGCAGUAUAACACACUGCGUUUCCUAGGCUGCACAGGGGUCAUGAAAAGUAGGUUUGUUUUUUUUUCAGAGUGUAAGAUUCAGACGUUCAGACUGAGUUGCUGCACUGCCCUGUCCAACCUUUACUACAUUUCUUCUUCUGGUACUCAGACCCUUUACUCCUCUCAGACGUUACUGACCAGGUUUCCCAAAAUCAUCUUCACCAUUUCUCAGUUUACAAAGAUCAACAGGUCAGCAGGCAUUUUCAGAGUCCUUCAAAAUAAUAACAAUAACCCUUGUUUGCUUCUCUAGGGGGUCGAUAUGGAAGAUAAUAUGUGCCAGAUUUUUAAUUUCUUCACGGAGGAUUUGUCAUUACAGUCUGUGUUAUCUCAUGGUAAUCCUGUCUAAAUUUCCUUAGGGUUAGGGUUAGGAUAUAUAUUUAGCAUUUUUGACAUGAAACGGUUACAAAGAUCUAACAUAGAAGUCAUUUCAGUCCUCAGACUUUUAUGAGGUCAUGAAUUUGAUGAAUUAAAAAAACUGCCAUUAAUAACAUGAGUGCAGUUGACAGUGUGCAGGAUUUGUGACAUGAAAAGAAGAAGAAAAAAGAAGAACUUUGAAUGUUACUGAGAUUUGAAAUGAUCUCACAUCUGUGAAACCAGUUAGAGGCAAUAAUAAAAUACAAAUAAUAAAACAUUCUUAACACAACAUAUACUAAAUAUUUAGCUGAGAACUUGUGGCCAAGAUUAAGAUUUAAAAUGAUCUUCUCAAAUAGUAUUUCCAAGGUCAAGAACAUUCACGCUCAGAUUUGAAUUGGUGCCAUCAUUAGGGAUGAAAACAGGUUUUAGCUGCUAAUUAAAGGACAAAUGUGUUAAUGAGUAACAUGAAACAUUGCAGGCUAGAGAUUGAAUUAAUGUAAAGAUCAUUUUUGGGAAACUCAGUCGCCUCCUAUCAGCCGACAUCAGUUAACAUCAAGUGACCUCAGCUGACAUCAGCUGACAGAUGUAAACCUGAACAUGAGUUUGUCAGAUUCAGAGACACUGAAUCAAAGUGAUUGUUUGCAUGUGGAGAAAAAGAAUCAGUAAUGUUAUUUCACCCUACAGCUGAACUGUGAUGCAUGCUCCGUUAAAGGUGACAAAAUAAGUGGGGGCGGAGUCUGGGUGGGCCCAGUCGUAGAGGUCAACUCUUAUUGGCUGCCAAAGCCCAGGUAUUUGUUUUUCUUUUGAAUUUUUGUAUUUUGUUGGUUAAAGAUGGACAGAUGGACAGAUGAAUGGAGGGACUGAAGGAGAGAAAUGAACGAACCAAUCACAAUCCACCGCACUGCCUCUAAGAAAGUCUUCCAGUUUGGGGUUUUGGGUCGGACCACGAGGACUGUAGAGACCGACAGGAACACUGGCUGCGUUCUACUGUUCUCUCUUCUGGUCCAAGGGGGCGUUAAAUGUUUGUGCUCUCCUGUUCAUGUUUCUGUACGCUUCGACACAACCAGACCUCUCCACAGGAAUGUUGUAACACAAGUGUCCUCUCUCUCACAUCUGCUUCUAUAUGGAGGUUUUAAACUCAAUAUCAGGCUUUAACAUCAACACAACAGUCUCACUGCCUUCAGGUCACAUCACAGGAUCACCAUCGAAAACGGAAGCCUGAUAGUGCCAAAAAACUAAAAUUAAGAAUUUGAUUUGGAGAUUAAAAUCACUGUUUGUCCCAAAAUUGCUACUGAUGUUAAAAAACACUUCUGCGAUUUGAAAAAGAUUCACUCAUUCACUUUUCUUUUGUAUCUUAAUAUUAUUUGUGUUUUUAUUUAUCUACACUUUUUUCUAUCACUACAAAUUCCAAACCAAAAUACCACCAGAUAAUAACUAUGGAACAAGCAAAUGAAAAAAAUCUGUGUUGAUUUUCAAAGCAUCAACAGUGAAAAUUGUCUCUAUGUUAAAUUUAAAAAAAUUUCAUGAAAAAAAAAAGAAACUGGACAAAAUAGUUUGGGAGAAAAUCCAUCAUAGUAUUUAAAGAAAACAAAAAUCAUUUAGAUAUGAAUUUACAAAUGACACCGUCUGUCAAAGUGUGUGAAACAAACAUUUACAUGUAAUAUCAUUCACCCUCUAGUUGUAGAAAACAUUUGAGAAUGUCUGAAAAUUUCAGCCCUGCUUUAAAACAAAGGGGGUAGUCGUACAUGUGAAAUGUGUGUGUGCAUGUGCAAGUUCCCACUUUGAAUCUGUUCAAAAACAGGGGGUUAUUUUUAUUUUGUGUAACUUCUCUGUUGAUGCUCAGUGAAGUCUGAGCACAAUCUUUUAUUUAGACAUUCUUCAAUCUUUUCUACACAAAAUUAUUAUUUUUUAUUAUUAAAUGAAUGUUGUCAAUUCACAAGCAAAACUAUUAUUAACCUUUAAAUGACUAACAACAUAUUAACAUCAUCAUUCAACACAAUCACAAACACUUUAAUCUCACCUUACACUGCUCGUACAUCCUGUGGGACAGAACAUGGGUGAUUAUUUAUUGGUCCACAUGAACCUCAACAUGGUUUUUCACACGGCUAAUAUUUACGGUAAAUCUGUUGUCACCUGAAGGCAUUGCGGAUUGUGAACCGGUUUCUGAGUAGUAGAAAGGGUAGAAAGGGCACUCUGCAGUUCUAUUCUGUGAUCUAAGAGAGGACAGCAGGUCAACUCAGAUGUUUUAAAAUCUGAUAUGAAUUAAUUUCCAUAAUUUCCAAAUAACUUCCUGAUAAUAUCGCUGAGUAUUUUCCCUCCAUUAUUGAUUGAAACUUUCAGAAUCUCCUAUUAAAACUAGUCCAGGCCUGUGAGUCAACCUGCUGACCUCCCACUCUAACUUUUAACAACGGAGGGCUGUCGCUGUUGCAUAGGGAAGUUUGCAGCACUGCCGACAUCCACCGGCGCAAAAUGAUGAUGUCAUUACCAAGCAACAGAGGCCCUCUGGCAGGUGGUUAGCCCCUCGGAGGUGAACGGAGUGCGGGGGUUAUGAGAGACAACGAACUGUUGCCAUGUUGAAAUGUCUUUGUCAAAGCCUGAAAUCUCUGGAUCUUUCUUUGUGUUUGCUGAUGUUUGCACCUUUUCUGAGACACCUUCAUAUAUCGCAUCAUAUAUUAGAAAAACGUCAUCGCCAAUACGCAGCAGGAUGAAAAAGAUUGUUGAAAAAUAAAAAAAAAUAACGAUGUAAAAGCUUCA